AUGCAGACGUCGCAGAAGGUGGACCGGUCCACCGUCCAGCUCUCCAUUCUUUUCUACAUAGGCCUCUUUGUGGCCGCCAGGUACUCGUCCCGUCCGCUCUGGAGCAAAUUCUACACUCUCUCAUACAAAUACCCGGGCCUCGACUCCUACGAUAUCGGGCUCGACGACCUCUACUUUACUAUAUUCUGGAUCAUUAACUUGCUUUUUCUAAGGAGCUUCCUUAUCAUUUACUGCUUUAAGCCUUGUGCAAAACUCCUCGGCAUCAAAAAAUUCAAGGCCACCCAGCGGUUCAUCGAACAGACGUGGUCCAUGUUCUACUAUUCUCUCUCUUGGGGGUUCGGGUUCUACCUCUACUCCACCUCGGACUAUUUUUUCAACUGCCACAACAUCUACGCCAACUGGCCACACGACAAGCUCUCUGCUCCCUUCAAGCUCUACUACCUUGUCCAGACCGCCAGCUGGUUCCAGCAGUUUAUUGUCAUCUUUUUAGAAGCAAAGAGAAAAGACCACCUCCAGAUGGUCUCCCACCACGUCAUCACGUGUCUCUUAUGCACAGGCUCCUACUGCUACUACUUCACCAAGAUCGGACACAUUAUCCUAUUGCUUAUGGACAUCGUCGACGUUCUCCUAUCCACUGCCAAGAUUUUGAAGUACUGCGGCUUCCAAACCCUUUGCGACAUUAUGUUUAUAGUGUUCAUGGUCGCAUGGAUAGUCCUCAGGCAUGGUGUCUACGUGUAUGUUCUUUGGUUUAGUUGGAAAGAGGCCAGAAAUAUCAUGGAUGCAGAUUGUUCCAAAUUCGCACUCAAUGAAUAUGUUAAGCUGUGCUACACAGAUUUCCAGAUCGACAUCUUCUUGCUCUUGCUAUCUUUCCUACAACUCAUAAUGUGCAUAUGGAUGUAUAUGAUUCUCAGAGUGGCUUUCCGCGUCAUUCGGGGUGGUUCUGCUGAUGAUGUCAGAAGCGACAGUGAUGAAGAAUAA